GCUCGGUUUAGGUUCUAUUCAGAAUCAAUAAGAAGGAUCAAAGCUAACCAUGGUGAUUGAUACAUGGAAGAAGAGCGGCAUAGCCACCAAAUUUCCAACGUAUCGCAAUUCCUCGCUGGUCACGGUGCACAGCUGGCAGACGGGCAAGCGACAGGACGAUGAGGCCGAAGGACUUUGGCGCAUCAAAGAUAGCAUUUACGAUUUCACAUCGUUCAUUGACAAACAUCCGGGUGGGCCCUUCUGGAUACGGGAGACUAAGGGGAUGGACAUUACGGAAGCCUUCGAGGCUCAUCAUUUGACCACGGCGCCCGAGAAAAUGAUCGCCAAGUACAAGGUGAGAGAUGCGGCCAAGCCGCGCAUCUAUACUCUGACUCUGCACGAGGAUGGCUUCUAUAAGACCCUCAAGGAGAAGGUACGCGAGCAGCUGAAGACAAUCGAUAAGACUCCAAAGCGAAAGAGCGACUUGAUUCACCUGGGCAUCCUGCUGUCCACCUACCUGUUUGCCGUGGCUAGUGCUAAAUAUGACAGCCUUCUGGCACUGAUCCUCGCCGGCGUGGCUCUGUGCUGGACGGUGAUCGUAUCGCAUAACUAUUUCCAUCGCCGCGACAACUGGCAGAUGUAUACCUUCAAUUUGGGCAUGAUGAACUUUUGCUCGUGGCGCAUCUCGCAUGCAAUUUCGCACCACAUCUAUCCCAACUCCUACAUGGAUCUGGAGCUGAGCAUGUUUGAGCCGUUGCUCUGCUGGGUGCCCAAUCCGCAUAUCAAGACCAAGGCGCUGCGCUACGUUUCCUGGGUGACAGAACCCUUCGCCUAUGCCAUUGCAUUCUUCCUACAAAUGGGCACGCGCAUCUUCUACUCGCUGCGUCACGCGAAUAUUAUGUACUGGCACGAUUUGCUGCCCCUCACCAUUCCCCUGGUCAUGUACUACGGAUCGACUGGGUCGGCGACUCUGUUGUUCUGCGUACGCCAGUGGCUAGCGAUGACGUCCAUUGCGAGCUUCGCCUUUUGCGUAAUCGGCCUGAAUGCGGCGCACCACGAUCCGGAAAUCUACCAUGAAGGUGAUGCGAAUCGCGAGGAUCGCGACUGGGGCCUGUUCCAGGUGGACACCAUCAUCGACCGCGGCGAUCUGAAGUGGUCACAGUUCUUAGUGCUCACGCAUUUCGGUGAUCAUGUGCUGCAUCAUCUGUUCCCCACCCUCGAUCAUGGACUGCUGCCCGCUCUCUAUCCCGUACUCUAUGAGACUCUCGAUCAGUUCAAGGGAAAACUGCGCGAAUGCAAUCACAUCGAGCACAUAAUCGGACAGCACAAGCAGCUGCUGCGCACCGAACCCAAUCCUAGGGCUCCUGGAUCUGGCAAGUAGAACAUCUUCUCGGAAAGCCCUGAAAACAGGGCUUGUAGCAUAAGGCAAUGGAUAUUAUUAUCCUAUAAUAGAACUAGCUUUACAAAUAUAUCUUGCUUAAAUAUAUAAA